AUGAUUGUCCUAUCUAUCUAUCUAUCUAUCUAUCUAUCUAUCUAUCUAUCUAUCUAUCUAUCUCAGUCUGUUGAUAUCUAUGUAUUUCAGAUCUCAGAAGACUUUUGCUGCUUCUCACAAAAAAAUAUCGAAAUUCAUAUUUUGAUCUUUGCUCAUAUCUAUCUAUCUAUCUAUCUAUCUAUCUAUCUAUCUAUCUAUAUUAGUCUGUUCAUAACUAUCUAUCUAUCUACUGGCCCGGCCGAUGAUUUUUCCAUGUUGAUCCAAUUGAUUCACUCUCCAUCUCAUUCUUUGGGAACUUUCCCAAGAAUUGGAGAAAACCCAUUUAUUUCACUCCAACCCCGACUCUCCGCAUUCUUCCCCAACCUUCGUUAUUUUUACCCUGUAUAUUCUCUCCUCUUUUUGUCUCUUCUCUUACUUUCCCAUCCUGACAUGCCAUUCUUAAAAUGGCGGCCGCAGUGGAUGACAAUGAAUAAACCCCUGCGUUUGCCCUUUUCCUAUCUUACCGCCAUUCACUUAACUAACAACCACCCUUCCACUUCCCAUCCCGACCCUCCUUUUUUUCUUUUUUUUCUUUCUCACAUACUUUUUUUUUUUUUUUUUUCUCAACCAAAAUCUCCUUUUCUUUUAUAUUUGAACAUAAUUGUAUUUCCUCUUAACUUUUCGUAUUUUUUUUUUAUUCCAUCUUUUCUUUCAUCCCGAUUUCUUUCAGACUUGUCUUUUCUUCCGGUUACUUUUGAAUUUUUUAUUCACGCUUUCUUUCUUUCUUUUUUCAUUCGUUUUUUUUAUUUUUUGCUUCUUUCUUUCUUUUUUUUAAAUGGUUUUCUUUCUGUAGUUUCAUUUUUCUCAUUUAUCUUCAUAUAUUUUUCAUUUACUCUUCUUCUUUCUAUCUAUUUUUCUCCUGAUAUUUUUUGUCUUCUUUUAUUAUUUUUUCCUUGCUUUUGGUACUUUUGUUUUUUCGUUUCUGUCUCCACAUUUUUUCAGCCUAUCUUUCUUUCUUUUUUUCCUCGCAGCUUUUACGUCCCAUCUUUUUUUACUCUUCUGUUUUCAUCUUCCUUUUGUAUGCUUCUUUUUUAUUUUUUUUUCUUGCAUUGUUUCUUUCCACUUUCUAUGUCUUCCUCUAUUUGGUAUUUGUUCUGGACCCGUCCUAAAAUCAGGCACCUUUUCUUCAUUACAUUUCUUUCCGCGUUUUUUUCUUUUUUUCUUGUUACCUGGAAUAAAAAUAUUCGCCUACUUCCUGUUGACUUGAAUUUCCUUCCGUCCGUCCGUCCGUCCUUCCUUCCUUCCUUCCUUCCUCAAUUUUCAUCUCUCUUUUCUUCAAUUUUGCUGUCAACAUAUACUUCGUUUCGUAGAAGCAGAUCUCCUACUGUUUUCCUCAUGUCGCUUCUCUAUUCGGAACCAAACCUCUGA